UAAAAUGGGAAAUUGUAAUAUCAAUGAAAAAAAGGAGGAUUUGAUGGAAAACAAUGGUAUAUAGAAUAAAUAAGUAGUGAUGUCUGUUCAGAAUUUUCAAUUUAUAGAUGCAAUAGGAAGAGGUGGUUUUGGUAAAGUGUGGAAAGUUAGACAAAAGAAGAAUAAAUAAUUUUAUGCUUUGAAAGUGAUGUCAAAACCUAAGUAAGAUAAUAAUAAUAAGUUAUUUAGGAUAAUAACAAAAAAAUCAGUUUAAUCUGUAAUGAAUGAGAAAGCAUUGUUGUGUGGUUUGAAGCAUAAGUAAAAAUGGAAAUAAAAUAAAGUUUUUUGAUCAACAUGCAAUACUCAUUUUAGGAUAGAGAAUAUUUGUAUUUAGUUAUGGAUUUACUUUCAGGAGGAGAUUUGAGAUAUCAUAUAGGAAGACAUCGUAAAUUUAAUGAGGAACAAACAAGUAUGUGUUAGAUAAUAAAAUGUAGAGUUUUUCAGUGGAUGUAUAAUACUAGCAUUGGAAUAUUUACAUUAAUAAGGAAUUUUACAUAGAGAUUUGAAACCAGAAAACUUAGUAUUUGAUAGUAAUGGUAUGAUAGAAUGAAUUUUUAAGUUAGGAUACUUGAGAUUAACAGAUCUUGGUAUAGCAAGAAUUUGGAAACCAGAAAAUUCCUAAGACACAAGUGGAACUCCAGGAUACAUGGCUCCUGAAGUAAUGUGUAGUAAGAUAAUAAUAAUAAUUAAUUUAAUAGGACAUAAUCAUGGAGUAGCUGUUGAUUAUUUCGCAUUGGGGGUGAUAGUAUAUGAAUGCAUGUUGGGAAGAAGACCUUAUUUAGGAAGAAGUCGUUAAGAAAUAAGAGAAUAAAUGUUAGCUAAAUAAGCAGCGAUUAAAAGAUAAGAAAUACCUCCAGGAUGGAGUUUAGAGGCUGCAGAUUUUACUAAUAGAGUUAGUUAUUUUUAAAAUUGGAUAGUUACUUUAAAGAAAGCCAUAAAAUAGAUUGGGAAACAAUGGACCAGAUGAAGUAAAAGAACAUCCUUGGUUUAAAGAUUUCAGUUGGGAAAAACUGAAUAGUAAAGAGAUGAUUGCCCCAUUUAUACCUAAUGUAAUUGUUUAAAUUAUUAUUUUAAGGGUAAUGAAGAUAAUUAUCUUCCAUCAGAUAGUAGAAGAGACUCUGAUGAUUCUAUAAAUGAGGAUCAAUAAAUGAUGCUAAGAAGGAAUUCUAUAUAAAGUAAUAUAGAUAAUAUUUUAGAUUUAUUUAAUGGUUAUGAUUUUGAUAAUAAUGCAAGUGUUCCUAGCAGUCAAAUUGCUGUUUCGAGCACUUCUUCGUCUAGAGUCACUAAAUAACCUACAACCACUACGACUCCGAAAUCAGCAAAGUUAGCUUAAAAGCUCAAAAAUUGAUAAUCAUUUUUGCCUUAUAAAUA